GCUGGCCCAGAUUCGACGCGACCGUCACGACGAAACGAGUGUACGAUAAUAUCAGCCGCACUCUCGCUGGGCCCCACGGCAGUCACGACUUCGCCCGUUACUCCGAUUUCGAUCUCGCCAUUCGUCUCGCUCGAAAAGUUGCUGAAAUCGAAGUCGCCGCUGUACGGUGGGAAGAAUCGAAUCGAAUUCUUCCCGUCAAGGAUGUAAAUUUUUCACCGAAACGCGAUCGCGCGUAUCCAAGUUCGUUAACAUAUGAUAAUCAACGCGCCAAUAUAAUUCGCGUUUUACAAAAUUUGGAACGCGUCGGAAGAUCAAACUUUUGUUUGUCCUUUGACGGUAUGGACGAUACGGAGGAAUACGAAGAAUAUUUUACGUCUCGAGUCGUAAAUUUGGAAUGGCUUCGCGAAAGUGCACGCGUGCGCGACAUUAAGAUGUGACUUUUUGGUGCACGGUGUUGGUGAUUUCGUCACGUUGUAACAAUCGUUCUGACCGCGUGACAAUACGCCAAUUGUUUUAUUAUCGUUAGAGCUUAAUUAUCUCGGAACACUUCCGUGACCUCGGACUUGCAAACUUCUUAUCAAAUGACCGUAAGUUUCCUGGUGAGUGCAUCCUCACAUACAUGGAGUUUCAGUUGGAUAGCGCAGAAUACUGCCAGGCUCAACACAAAUAGAGAGACACGCCCAUACUCCCUGACAAUUAUUAGACAUCGUUAAAGUAAAGAGAGGAAGGCUAGAAACACCUUGGAGAAAGGAAGAAAGAUAUUAAAGUAGAGAAUUAUCAUCGGGGAAGCCAGAAAAAUCAUCAACUAGUCAUCACGCAAGACAUAGAAGAAUUUAAUAGAAAUUAUUAAUUUACCUUAGUAGAUGCAAGCAUCGUAGAUACUGAGCGCACCUGUCACAGGAGCACCCAGUGCCAAAUAGGUAAUCUUCCGUGAAUUAUAGUCAAAAAGUCUCAAGUGGGAAGAAUAAAGCGCAUAUCAACACCGCCUAAUGUAACGUAGCCCUUACUUUUUCGGCGAAGUUCGCAUCCCGAAGAUCCUUUCUAAAUUCUACAUGUAAACCCACGGUUCUGUCCUCUGUAAAAAAAUAAUAUAUUCUAUUAGUUAAAUGAAAAACAACUUUAUAAGACUGACAUUUAAUGGGCUAAGUUGUCAAAUCCAGCCUUUGUCGCUUCGUAUAGUGUGGCACACGUACGAGAUCUUUUAAGAGUUAAAAACAAUAAGAGGGGAUAGAUUUAUAACCAUCUUUGUGGUUAAGAAGGAAAUGAGCAACAUGAGGGUGAAGGAUAUCAGACCGGCGCCCGCCGAGAUUGAAUACAAAAACAUGAAGUUCCUCAUUACUGAUCGGCCCAAUGAUCAAACCAUCCAUACCUUUAUUCAAGAACUGAAAAAGCACAAUGUAAAAGAGGUGGUAAGAGUCUGCGAACCAACGUACAAAGUAGAGGAACUGAAAUCAGAAGGGAUCAAUGUGAUAGAUUUGGUAUUCGAUGACGGUACAUUUCCACCAAACGAGGUGGUGGAUGAAUGGUUCGAGUUGCUAAAAAACCGAUUCCGAGAAUCACCUGACGCAUGUGUGGCGGUGCAUUGUGUCGCGGGUCUUGGUAGAGCACCGGUCUUGGUUGCGUUAGCUCUCAUUGAACUUGGGCUCAAGUUCGAAGAUGCUGUUGCCCUUAUCAGAGAAAAAAGACGAGGCGCCAUAAACGCGAAGCAGUUAACUUUUCUUGAAAAGUAUCGUCCUAAAUCUCGAUUGAAGCUCAAGAAUGGACAAAAAAAUUCCUGCAAAUUCCUGCUGCAUUCAAUAGAGCAAAGAAUACUUUAGAAAAGAAGAAAAUGGGAAAAAAGUCACACUAAUUCAUACUGAUUGGUAUAAAUGUGUAGAAUUUUGCGCCUGACAACAAGUGGCAUAUUGUAGCAAAUCUGUUCUGAAUGGUCUAUCACUGGAAAUGCAACGUUGGUUGAUAACUAUCAAUCAAUUUUGAGGCAUAUUUUGCAUUACCCAAUUUUAUAUUUCGAGAUGAGCCAUUAUAUAACGCAGAAGAAUACGAUUCAAAAUCGUUGCUAUUUCCGUUUAUGAAGAUAAAUUAUAUGUUAUUUUUGAUACUUGAUCAAUAUUGACCAUUGAAGAACAAAAGUUAAAUCUUGAAAUGGUAAUAAUUAUUUUUAAAAACCAAUUAACUAUUGCCAUUUAGCCUUACUUAUUUGUAAAUUGUGACGUUCGUACAUACAUGUACAAAACUCGUACAUUAUGUGACAUAUGCUUAUCUUUCUCUUGAGAGACCAAAAUUUUUUAUG